CGAAGGGCGCGGCGACAGCCGUUUUGUGCCGCCCCGUGCCAUUGGCCGGGCACGCGGGACGCUCCUGUAAGCGCGGCGGCGAUUGGCGGCUGAGCCCCGAGAGGGACGCGCAGCGGGGACAGCAUGGCCGGCGCUGAGAGCUGGCGGCCUCCGCGGCCGUGCGAGGACUACUGGUGGGAGUGGAAGCACUGUCGAGGGCUGCGGCACGCCUUCCACCACUACUACGCGCACGGAGAGCUGCCCGCCUGCGACCGCUGGCGAGACGACUACGCCGCCUGCCGCGCCUGGGAGAAGGAGCGCGCCACCGCCGCGCGGGAGGCGCUGUGCGAGAGCGAACGAGCGCGCGUUCUGGAGCGGAAGAAGCACGGCGCGGUGUGGGCGCUGCGGAGCAGCCCGCCUCCCGACUGGCACCGCCCGCUGCAGCACGGCGCGGCCAAGUAGCGGCGCUGCCCGCGGGGCUCUGCCGUCACUGCGGCAGCUCCGCGCCGCUGCCCGCCCGCACUACAGUUCCGGUCAGAAAACUUACUAAUAAACACCCGGUGUGGUACGGAGUCAGGCGCUGAGUUUGAUUCGGAUCCCGUGCGGUCGCUCGGCUCUCAUUGCAGCAGCUCCGCAGCCGGCACGGCACGGCACGGCGCACCGCCAGGUGGGGACGUGGAACCGAGCUGGGGCCGCAUCCCGCCGGCACGGUGCCGGCACACUGCGUUCGGAAAGCAUUGCCUGGUUCGGCCCUGCCGUGUGUGAGAGCUUCUCGGCGCCGGGAUGGCGCUGCGGGAGAGCAUUUCUUGAACAGCAGUGUGCCUUCCUUCUAUUUACUGUGAAAAUAAAGGCUUCAGUGACCGGAGUGA